AUGUCAGCAGCUGUUCUAACUCUCUCGCUUUUCGCCCUCGCUCUGUGCCGCACCUCUUUCGUAGCCCGCCUCGCGCCGCCGUGCGAAGCAGCCACCCUCGAAGACUCCGAGGCGUCGUUGUCAGAAUGGCAUGAAUUAAGUAACGACGGCGUCUGGUUGACGACGGACAAGUGGAAGAAAACCCCUUUCUUUGAGGACGCCGGAGAAAAUGCGUCGAGUUACGACGACGCGACGCCGCCCUCGAGGUUCGCGCCUCCCGCUGUCGCCGACGACGGCGCGCGAAGAUCUCCGUCUGCUUCCCUCAACAGAAGACCCAAGAGAGCUCGUGUGCGACACGCGUCGCCGAGGAGACAAUACGUGCACAAAUUCCCACUGCUGGACAGCCGCCCGAGAGUGGAUCGGCGCCCGCGGGCUGUGAAACGCGCGACUCGUCUGCCGCCCUUGUCUCCGGUGACCAUCACGGCUAUAGGAGUCUUGCUUUCGGUGGUUUUCGUCACCAUCUUCGUGCAGGGUAUGCUCGCGGGCGCCGCCAACGAAGAGUCGUUCCUUGGCAGAGUAGGCAAGUCGAUGGCCUUCCUGGGGCCUGCGCUGCGGCCGACUGAAAGGCCAGAGGAUGUUCGCCUCUUUGGGGUCACUCUGGGGAGCACAUGGACUUCAGUUGGGCUUCGCAUUUUCGCAGGUGUCUCCCUCAUGUUUGGAGUCGCAGGUGUGGUCCUAUUUGCUCUCCACAACGGAUCCAUUGUCCUCCGGCCGCUACUGGAAGCUGUCCAAACGCACGCUGAGGCGCUUAGGCCGUUGUGGCCGGUCCCCGAACCUCCACAAGUGCAGGCGCCGGUAGAGGCGAAUGUGGAGCCGCCGAAUGCGGCUAAGUAA